AUGGAUUCGCCGCCGCACGACCGCCGGCCCAAGAGAGACAGUGAAUUAGUAGCGGAGGAUCGCCGCUGCAGUCUCGGCGUGGAUGCGGUGGUCGGGAAGCCGCUGUGCGAGCAUCACUUGGCGCAGAGCAAGAGUUACCAGAAGAAGAGGAGAACCGGAGCUAGAGAAGGCGGUUCCGGCGAAGAAGACGGAUCGGAGAACAAUAAGAGCAAAAAGAAGAGGGCGGCGAGUGAGUCUGAGACGGAGUCGGAGCAGAAGGCGAAGAUUCGAAAGGGUAAGUCUAGCAAAAUCAAAGGGAGCUUGAUGUGUCAUCAGUGCCAGCGGAACGAUAAGAGUGGUGUUGUGCACUGCUCACAGUGUAAAGCAAAGCGGUUUUGCUAUGAAUGCAUUGAAAAAUGGUACCCUGGGAAGACAAAAGAUGGGUUUGCGGAUGCGUGCCCGUUUUGCUGUGGGAACUGCAACUGCAAAGCUUGCCUACGCGAGUUUUUGGUUAAACCUUGCCGGGAAGUUGAGCCGAGUGUUAAGUUACAACGACUGCGAUACUUGUUAUAUAAGGCUUUGCCUGUGGUGAGGCACAUAUAUAGUGAGCAGAGCUUUGAGCUGGAGGUUGAAGCAAAAAUCAGAGGUGUACAUUUGACUGAAAUGGACAUAAAGAGAACUAAAUAG